CAAAAUCUCUACAGUAACACUUCCCCCCUCACUUUGCCUCAUCAACUUCCACACAAAACCCCCAUCAACAACAAUGGAGAAAUCUCAAACCAAAGUCUGCGUCACCGGAGGCUCUGGCUUCAUCGGCUCCUACCUCGUCAAGAAACUGCUGGGAAAGGGCUACACCGUCCACGCCACCCUCCGCAACCUCGAGGACAAGGCGAAAGUGGGUCUCCUGACUUCCCUCCCCAACGCCGAAACCAAUUUGGUCCUGUUCAAAGCCGACAUCUACAACCCGCACCAGUUCCAAGCCGCCAUUAAUGGGUGCGAGUUCGUUUUCCACGUCGCCUACCCUCUCCAGCACAGCCGCAACAGCACCACGUACAAGGACAGGAUGGAAGCCAUGGCUGCCGGGUCGAAGAGCAUAGCGGAAAGCUGCAUCAAAUCGGGGACGGUGAAGCGGCUGAUAUACACCGCCUCUGUCAUGGCGGCUUCCCCCCGGUUUCAGGACGGGAUUGGAUACGGUGCCACCAUUGAUGAAUCGUGUUGGACUCCUCUAAACCUCUCUUUCAAUUACAGCGAUACUUUCACUUUGGAAUAUACGAGGGGAAAGACAAUAGCGGAGAAAGAGGUACUGAGGUACAACGACGCCGGCGGCGGCGGGAAGCUGGAAGUGGUGAGCCUGGCCACGGGAUUGGUCGGAGGCGAGACGAUCCUCUCGCACGUGCCGAUGAGCGUGGAGGUCAUAAUCUCUCCGGCCACCGGGAACGUGUUUGGUUACAACCACGGGCUGAUGUUGAUACAGGAGAUUCUGGGAUCUGUGCCGCUGGUCCACGUGGAAGACGUCUGCGAGGCCCUGGUUUUCUGCAUGGAAGAGAAGAAGGCAAGUGGCGGCAGGUUCCUGUGCGCAGCUGGCAGCCCCAGCGUCAGGGAAAUCGCCACGUAUGUCCAGGACCAUUAUCCGGAGUGUCACGUUCAUGACACGCUGAUGGGGGAAGUUGGGAAGGGAAUCAAGUUGGACAACUCGAAGCUGAUGAAGAUGGGGUUUAGGUACAAUUAUGAUGCAAAAGCUGUUAUCGAGGACAGCUUGGAGUGUGCCAAACGCCUUGGUGCUCUUCCUGACCAUUGAUUUCGAGUGUGGAAGAAGCCCUAGUUUCUCUUUUCUUUUGCCAUGCAAGGAGAUACAUGUAUGUUCCAUCUAAUAUGUAAUCUUGUGGUAUUAUAAUGAUACACGAAUUUCGUAUUUAAUUAUAUAUACA